AUGUUCAAGUAUCAUAAAAAAAAAAUUUUGAAAAGCGAUCUGCUUCAGACUAGACAAUCUACCAAAAAACACAAUCUGGUCAUGUCGAAUCCAAAUUUCUGCGGCUGCAGGAUUGUCCAUCCGGCUCCAAGAGACCAUCCAAAGUGCACAAAAACCCCCAAUAAUCACCUUGCAUGCUACAAUUUUGAACCGCCUGUCGAUGACUUUGUGCCCUGCGGACAGCAAAAUGUGACUCACAACAUUGAGCACGUCCAUCCAGCUUCAUCCACAAAAAGAUAUGGAAAUUAUCCAAACCAUCGGAAUUUAGGUAUCUGGUAUGCUGGCGGAAAGCGUUUCGAAACCCCAAAGACGGGGAGAGGAGGUCAGGGGAAAGCAGGAUCAGCCAACAUGCUGGUCCAGUAA